AUGCAGGAGAAUGAAAAUAGUGACGUCAGAGUCCUCCUCCAUCAUACGUCGAUGAAGCUGCAACAGGACAUCCUGCUCAAGUUAGGCCCUCUCGAUAGAUUGAGCGCUGCUCUGACGUGUCGACAGUGGGCUGAACUCACGUCCGGAUCAUCUUUACUAAGAGACGUGGUUUACCGCAUCCGGGAGAGCACGAGAGAGGAAUCAGCCCCCCGCAUCAUGAUGCAAAGUCGGCGGGAGUACAGGAACCUCGAAGUGAAGCAGGGCGGCGACCUAGGGCUCGGCCCCAAACUCGAGGCUCCAGAGGACACCAAUCUCGACAAAGUCCGCCAAUCCUCGUCCCGAAUUCGACAUCUUUCUCUGAAAGAUAUGGCAAUGUCAGAAAAAGGACUCGAGACUUUGCUCAAAUGUCUGCCCAACCUGACAUCUUUAUCCCUCUUCCGCUUCGCCGCGGACGCCGACUUGAGAGGCGUGCUGCGCAGCUUAUUGAAUUCGAAGCAGAACUAUAUGAGACUUAGGCUCCAUAACAGGAACACCGACUUUACCGUGGGCGAAAUCAUCAAGAAAAACGCUGGAACCUUGCUCCACUUGAGUGUUUUCGGUGUAACGCAGGAUAUUCUCGACGCAAUCAGCACUUGCGGCAAACUGAAGCAUUUGCGGCUCGCAGAGGAUCGGAAAUUUGUCCGAGAUUCACAUAUUCGGCAAAUCACUCUCACGGCUCCCAACCUCGAAUACUUGGCCGUGGAUUCUAGGAAAGUGACGCAGGCCGUGUUUGAGCAAGUGGGCGUGCUUAAGAUGCUCCGGGAUCUCUCCGUCGCCCCGCGUUUGAGACCUGAGUCGAUACGGCAUCUGGGGAGCAUCAGAACUCUGCAGAAUUUCAAGCAACCGGUCCCAGCUUGCGAUCUCGAGACCUUGCGGCCGCUGGCGAACCUCCGGGAUUUGCGAAGCUUGAGACUGGGCGAAGCGGAGUGGACGCCCGAAUCCUUCGAAUGGAUCAUCGAAAACUUCCAGAAAUUAGAGCAGCUGUACGUAACUUCCUAUCGGCUGCGAGAUUGCGAUGGCGAGAAGCUCCAUCUCCUGAAAAACCUGAAGCAAUUGACUAUUCUUGAUGCUUCGGGACUGACCGACCACACUUUCGAGAGAGGUCUAGGACCGCCGGAGCUGAGAGAAGUCCAUAUCCAUCACGCUCCGUUAACAGAUGUUGGUCUCGUCUGCAUGGUGACUCGUCAUACUUCUUUGAGGAUUCUGGGUUUUACCGAUUGCCAACGCAUAACAGACGAGGGACUAAUCUUCCUCCUCCGCAAUCAGCCUCGCCUUCGAGUAUUGAUCGUGCCAUCAACCAAUAUAACGGAUGCUAGUCUCAGAGAGCUCGAAAAUCUGUGUCCCCAUCUGGAGUUCCUUGAGGGGAGUUCACGGAUGACCAAAGAUGCUCUUCUGUCAUUCUCUAGUCAAAGACCCAGUGUAGAGUUAUACGGAGCAUGA